ACGAUGGCUGUUGUAACUGUAGCAACGUGGCUCGCGCCUAUGAACCUGGCUAUCGUGGCUCUAUUCCUGUUUGUUGGCUACUGGCUACUGAGACCAAACCGCUGGCGGGGUAACCCACCGCCUGGCCCCAGCGGGUGGCCCGUUGUCGGCAGCAUGUUCCAACUCGGCAACCGACCGGAGAUCUUUUUUAACAAGAUGUCGGAGAGAUACGGGGAUGUGUUCAGCUUGAACAUGGGCCAGAAGCGCGUAGUUGUUGUCAACACUUACGAAACGUUGGCAGAGGCUAUUAUAGAGAAGGGACACAUCUUUGCCGACCAGCCCGACCUUUUAUCUUUUAAGUUAGACACGGCCGGCAACCAACACCACGGUGUGUCAUUCGCAAGAGCUUCCGACAUGCAACGCAAGAAAAUCAAAGUGGUGCGCGCGGCUUUGAAUCCGGCCAUUCCUGAAGUCGCCGAGAAGUUUAACACGAUUAUAGCGAGUGAAGUCGCGUUGCUAAUGCAGGACGUCGCUAGCGAGCAUGGUAAACCGUUCGACCCACAUCACGUGAUCGAGUUCUGUUACGUCAACAUUAUCGGAAUGUUGCUCUAUGGGAAAAUAUUCCAACAGCGAGACGAGGAGUACUUCAAAUGGGCGGCUACGUUUGCUCGCAGGUUGGAACUAGGAUCAUAUCUGAUUGUGGACUGGUUUCCAUGGCUCGCCUACAUUACCAGCGCUGAAGUCAAAGAAUUAAAAGGACUCGUAGAAACGAUGGUGGCCUGGCACAUGAAAUUACUCGAGGAACACCGACAGACGUUGAACGAGUCAAGUCCGCGCGAUUUUAUCGACCACUUGCUAAUCCAGCAACAGACGGGCAAGCUGAUGGUGUCCGACACCGACAUCUGCUGUGUGUUGGAUGACUUACAAACCGCCGGAUUUGACACCGCCACUGCCAACACCGUCUGGGGCAUUCAGCUGCUUGUGCAGAAUCCAGACGUGCAGAAGAAGCUGCAGGCUGAGAUCGACGAUGUCGUCGGCAGCGGCAGGGCGCCGACGACGAAAGAUCGCCGCAACAUGCCCUACUUGGAAGCUACGCUUUGGGAGAUUCAGCGUGUAGGGAUGAUUCUUCCGAUACCUGGUCUACGUAGCACGUCGUCCGAUACGACAUUGAGGGGCUUUGAUGUGCCGAAAGAUACCAUUCUACUGAUCAACCACGCUAAGAUAGCUAUGAAUCCCAUCAAUUUCCCACAGCCUCAGAAGUUUGACCCGUCUAGGUAUCUGGAUGAGAACGGAGUCGUCGUGGCACCGGAUAAAAAGAUUAUGCUGUUUGGCAACGGCUUCCGAAAAUGUCCCGGCAUGCAAUUCGCUCGCGAAGCGAUGUUUACUGUCGUAGCGAACCUGUUACAGCGUUUCACCUUCCAGCUACCAGAGGGCGUCACAGCUCUCCCUGUCGGCAGAACCGACGGUCAUGUGCAGUAUCCAGUCUCUUAUAAGAUUACAGCUAUUCUGCGAUAAAUGCCCCAGCUUGAAGGAAGAAAACAGAAUAACGGUCGUUGGUGGUGGUUAACAGAGUCAAACGAUUUAGUUUAUUUUGCCCUUCUCAACAGCAUUCUAUUCUCCUUGCAAUUAUUCAUCCGUACUGGUUGGAUCUCAGUGGAAAAGUAUAUUAAAUCAAGAUAAAAUGGUUAUCAAAAAAUACUUAUGCAUAUUUAUUCUUU